CUCCUGGGCCUCUCAGCCCACCCGAAGCUGGAGAAAACGUUCUUCGUGCUCAUCCUGUCCAUGUACCUGGUGAUCCUGUUGGGCAACAGGGUCCUCAUCCUGGUCACCAUCUUUGACUCCCACCUGCACACACCCAUGUACUUCUUCCUGGGGAACCUCUCCUUCCUGGACAUCUGCUACACCACCUCCUCUGUCCCCCCCCCCAUUCUUGACAGCUUCCUAACCCCCAGGAAAACCAUCUCCUUCUCAGCCUGUGCCAUCCAGAUGUUUCUCUCCUUUGCCAUGGGAGCCACGGAGUGUGUGCUGUUGAGCAUGAUGGUGUUUGAUCGCCAUAUGGCCAUCUGCAACCCCCUGCGGUACCCCGUGGUCAUGCGCAAGGCUGUCUAUGUGCCCAUGGCUGUCAGCUCCUGGGCAGCUGGGAGUGCUGCCUCCAUGGUUCAGACAUCCCUUGCAAUGAGGCUGCAUUUCUGUGGGGACAAUGUCAUCAACCACUUUGCCUGUGAGAUCCUGGCUGUCCUAAAGCUGUCCUGUGCUGACAUCUCCAUCAAUGUCAUCAGCAUGGGGGUGGCCAAUGUGAUCUUCUUGGGGGUCCCGAUUCUGUUCAUCUUUGUCUCCUACAUCUUCAUCCUCACCACCAUCCUGAGGAUCCCCUCGGCAGAGGGGAGGAAGAAGGCCUUCUCCACCUGCUCUGCCCACCUCACUGUGGUGGUCAUCUUCUAUGGGACCAUUCUGUUCAUGUAUGGGAAGCCAAAGUCGAAGGACCCACUGGGAGUGGACAAGCAGGACCUUGCAGACAAGCUCAUCUCCCUCUUCUAUGAGGGUGUGAUGCCCAGGUUGAACCCCAUCAUUUAUAGCUUGAGGAACAAGGAUGUGAAGGCCGCUGUGAGAAGCCUAGUAGCUCAAAAACACUUAGCUGAUUAUCAUUGA